CUGCAUAAGACUGAGUUAAAAUUAACAGCCUGGCAUUCUACAAGAAUGGAGCCUGCACAGGAGCCACAGGAGUUGGGACCUCAGACAGAAAUGAUUGCAGACACAAUUCUUGAGGUUGGAGAGAGACUCUUCCAGGUCAGCCGUAGGGUGCUUUCAGGACACAGUCGAUAUUUCGAAGCCAUGUUUUUUGGAGGAGCAAGAGAGAGCUCUGAACAGCACAUAGUGAUCAAAGGGAUCGAUGCAGUGCCUUUUCAGGCACUACUUGAGUUCACUCGCACAGCCCAAGUGCUCAUAGGUCAAGAAAAUGUGAUCAGCUUACUGGAAACAGCUGAUUUUUUUCAGUUUGACAGGGUGAAACUGUUGUGUGAGAAAUUUCUGGAGAGAGAACUGCAUGUUUCCAACUGCCUGGGCCUGAUGACCUACUCACAGCAAUUUGCCUUUACAGAGUUGUAUGUGUCUGCUAUGAAUGUGGCUCUUACUCACUGGGGGGAUGUGAUGCACCAGGAAGAAUUUAAGGCAUUACCCAAGGAAAUGCUGAUGCAGCUCCUGAAAAGUGAUGACCUCUUCAUUUCAAGAGAGGAUGUGAUUUUUGACAGUAUUAUAAUUUGGAUAAUGGAGGAUCCAACGACAAGAGAGGAAGAAUUUCUGGAUUUGGUGGGCGAAGUCAGGGUCACUUUUCUGAGUUUGUCCUUCCUUGAUACCUUGGUGAAACGCAGUAAGUGUGCUGGAGAGACAGAUACCUUUUCCAGACUAAUAAAGAAGUUAGACAGCUGUCCCCCACCCAGCUGGCAAAAUCCAGAACUGUGUUCUUACGCUGGUCGGAGCUAUGACACCUUAUAUGUCCUGGGAGGAAAACAUGACAAGGAACAGCAAGAAUUAUAUCUCUUUCAACCUAAAAAAGGGACCUGGCAGGCUUGUUCUCCACUGCAGCGCAGGAAUCUCACCCAGUAUGCGGUGGCAGCAGUAGGUAGCUUCCUUUUUGUGACAGGAGGAUAUUUCCGGGAUGAGUUUGUGUGGUACAGUGUGGAUUGGGUGCUUAUCUACAACUGCUUGGACAAUUGCUGGCUGGAAGGGCCAGCCAUGAAGAAGUCCCGCAAUAGCCACUGUGCAGUAGGAGUGGGACUCUACCUGUAUGUUCUUGGAGGGAGCACAGAUGAAGGGAUAAUCCCAGCAGUCGAGCGAAUGGCUCUGAUGGAGUCAGAGUGGGAAAGCAUGAGUCCUAUGGCUCAGCCUGUGGAGAGAGGCGACGCGGUCAGUGUGGGAACCACGAUCUAUGUGGUCUGUGGCCUGGAUGAGAAUGGACAUGUAUAUGAUGGAGUGCAAAGGCUGAACACAGAGACAGACAACUGGGAUGUCAUCUCAUUCUCCCCUCUUCCAAGGUAUGACCUCUGCAUCACAUCCCUGAAUGGGGCUCUGUACACUGUAGGAGGGGGAGCUUUUCGAUUUGAUGUGGAGACAGAUGAAUGGACCCAGGUGAAUGAGGAAUGCUUGACCCAGAAGUUCUUCAUGGGAUGCAGCACUGUGAAUGGACAAAUUUAUCUCCUUGGACAGAGGAAGGGAAACAGUGCUCUCCCUACUGUAGUCCUCUUUGAUCCCUACAUUGAUGUGUGCCAGGUCAUAGAUAACAAACUCCUUUGCCCUCUUCCCAUUCAUGGCUGUGUCUCUGUGCGAAGAUUUGAUACGUGGGCAUAAGAGUGGAAGAUCAUGUGCUUUACAGCU